AUAGGUGGUAGUAGCGUCGUGUACAGCGUGGCGCGCGCACACAGAGCAACGGACACACACUUGCACCACAUUUAUCGCGAUAUUAUAUUAUCGUCGUCGUGUUAUCGCGCGAAAUUUAAUAUCGUAUAUUAUAUCGUUUUUGUAACGGCGAACGGCGAAUUCGUAGUACAGUGCGACUUGAACGGCGACACGACGCGUCCGUCCCGCGCGACACAGCGCCGCCCGAACGCGUAAAACACCCGAAUUUCGAGUGAAAAAUAUUCGAAAUUUUUUUCUCCAUUAAGUCCGUCCGUCGCCGGCGUGAUACGAUUCGUGAUGACAUAAUAAUGUUGUAUGUUGCGAUACGUCCGACGGUUGUACUUACGACAUAAUAAUAUUAUAAAAAUUAUUAUCGUAUAUACGGCUACCUUAUCGUCGCAUUGCGAUCGCCGUGUAUUUCGUGCGGAAAACAUUGAAUAAUUGUUAUUGUCGUGUGUUAUUUUUCCUAAUUACUUACAUUUUUUUUUUAAUGGUGACGAUUAUACAUAUAUAUAUAUUUUUUUUAAUCACAAGCCUCGAGCGAUAUCAUUAUUGUAUUAAUAUAUUAUUUAUAUAAGUGAUUUUUUUUUUUUAUUAUUUGUAAAACGGACAAUUUUUAAUAAAACAAUUUUUUUACGUGAAAAUAUUUUUUGUCAGUGUUUUGUAUUUUUUUUUUAAAUUUAUUCAUUCGUUCUCUUACGAUUUUAUGUAAACCUAAUAAAGUGUGUUUUAAUUAUAAUUAUUUGUUUGAACUUAACUUCGUUAGUAAAUUAUUUAUUAAAAUAUUCUUUAUCCAGAAUUUCGCAGUAUUUCGUUCAAGGUUGACCAGAGAACCGCCGAGCCAUGGACCGAUGCCGAAUAAUCACCGUUGCCGCCGUCGUUUGGUUUCUGUUGCCCGUCGGGAUGUUCGCCAAUCAACUCAGAGGUUACGCCGAAAGCUGUGUGAACGAAGGAGAGAUUGUGAACGUGCUCACCAUCAAAAACAUGAUGUGUUACACUUGCAUGUGUAAAAAUGGAUUCGUGGAGUGUGUCAAAGACCAGUGCCCCGACGAACAGGGCUGCUAUAUGCUACAAGACGUUUUUGUGGACACAAAAGAAUGCUGUAGACGGUGUAAAGGUUGUAUGUACAAGGGUGUGCCGAGGGAAAGUGGCACGGAGUGGACGGAUCCGAAUGACCCGUGCCUGGUGAUGUCUUGUAAAGCUGGUGUAGUCACGGAGACUCGAAUGCAGUGCAUCACGCCCUGCCAACAGCCGUUGCCGCCGAAACCGGGAACUUGCUGUCCAACUUGUUCGGGUUGCCGGGUUAUCGGGCAAGAGGUGGCCGCUUGGAGGAACAUCAGCCUGUACGACGACCCGUGUCUGACCUGUCACUGCGAGAGAUCCGCGGCCGGACCGGUGCUCACCUGCUCGAAAAAGGCGUGCCCUGUGCUCCAGUGUCCGUCCAGCAGCAUGCAGAUACUGCCGGGUGAAUGCUGCCCCAGAUGUGUGGGCAAAAGUAGAAAAUUGAUGGACCCACCUAGAGGAGCAUGUCUGUUAGGCGAUAAGAUCACGCCGUCAGGCCAGGGGACGCACCCGGACCGGUGCACCGAGUGCACGUGCGCCAACUCGACGGUGGUAUGUAAACGGGAGACUUGCCCGCCACUGGACUGUCCCGUGGAGAAACAGACGUUCGCAUCGCACAACCAGUGCUGCCCGCAGUGCCCGAGGACCGUGGAUAAGAGCGAUACGUGCAUGGACAACGGCAACAUUUAUAUGAAUGGAGACGGUUGGAAAGUGGACGAGUGCAAGUCGUGUUUGUGCGUUCGUGGUCAAGUGCAAUGUGCCCAAGAGUUGUGUCCACCGAUUUCGUCGUCGUGCCCGGUCAACAUGAAGCUGCGAACAGUUCCGGGUUCGUGUUGCCCCCGCUGUGUACCUAUGGACGGAGUGUGUACAGUAUUUGGUGAUCCACACUAUAGGACAUACGAUGGAAAAUUCUUUAGCUUUCAAGGACCGUGCAAAUAUCUAUUGAGUGCGGAUUGUGUGGGCCGGACCUUUAGCAUUCGGGUGACCAACGACGCGAGGAACACGAAAAAUUCAGCUUGGACGAAAACUAUUUCUUUAAGGACCGGAGGUUUGAAAGUAAAUCUUGGCGAGAACAAACGUAUCAAGAUCAACGGACAGAGAGUUUCUGUGCCGUAUAAGAGAAGCAACGAAUUAACUAUAUCUAACAUGAACGAUACCGUAUUGGUCGAGACCAGAAUCGGAGUAUCUAUCAUUUGGGACGGACGAGGAUUUCUAGAAGUGUCUGUACCGUCGAGGUACAAAGGUAGUUUGUGCGGACUAUGUGGAAAUUUCAACUCUGUGCCAAGAGACGACAUGACUACUAAGGACGGCCGAGUAGAAACCGACGCUCAAGCGUUUGGAUCGUCGUGGCGCGUGGGCGGUAAGAACGCGUGCAGUCGACCGCUAAAACCCGCGUUUGUGCAAACGUCAUCACAGUGUUCCAAGAAGGGUCCUCGAAUUCGAGAACGAAUGUGCAAGCCUCUCCGACAACGGAUGUUUGCCGCGUGUCACAAAAAGCUCAAUCCAGUAAACUUUUUCAGGUCCUGUCUGACGGACAUGUGCGAGUGUCCCACCGGCCGGAAGUGUUAUUGCGAGGCAAUGACCGCUUACGCGCACAACUGUCGUCGACUUGGCGUGUCGCUACCGGACUGGAGGACCAUGACCGGAUGCCACACAUACUGACCCGCGUCCUCACACCCAUCCCGUGCAGUAGACUCCGCUUGUUUGUUGUUGCUAGUCAUUGUUUUUUUACACCUUCAACUUUGCGGUAGUCGCCGCGCGUUUACCUGACCGAUGGAUGGAAAUGAUCGUGACAAGACACCGUUUCCACGUUACCGUCGACCGACUAAACAGUAUUUUACUUGAACAGCCGAAUUUUGUUCUUAUGCAAAUUUAUUAUAUAAAAUUAUAAAAAAAAAAUUGUAGGUAAUAAUAAUUUAGUAACAAUUAACUUAAUUUUUAAGUGGCUACAACAAACUCCGACCCGGCGACUCUACCAUUUGACGGGUGGUCGUCGCCUAAUAAUAUUAUAUAAACUUAUUCUAUACCAUAUUAUAAUAUCAAUGGUUUUAUUUAUUUUUUACAUUUAAUCAGUUCGAUUGUAAGAUCGCGACUAAUGUCGGCUGAUGCCUUAAAACCUAAACGCCGGCGUUUACAUUGUAAUAUAUUAAUAUACAUACCGCGGUUUAAUAAUAUAAGUAUACCAUAAAACAGAUUACAGAGUAAUGUUAUGGUGGGCGUAUUUCGAUAUUGGCCUAUGAUAAUUUAUUUGUAAUGUGUUUUCGUAUAAACGCGAAUCUUGACGAUUUUUUUUCUCUACAUUCGUAAUAAUAAUAUAUUACUAUAUUAUAAUAUUAUAGUAGCUGCGCGUAAUCGUAAGCGGCUUUGCUACGUAAGCUAUUUAGCAUGCCUUAUAUAGUGACAGAGAGAACAACGUUCUUUAAUACAUCAUGGUCGUCGUAUAUAUUAUAUAUAUAAUAUGUUAUUAAUUAUUAUUUAUUAUACUUAGUAAUAUUGUUAAAAAAAUGUUUAAGUAGAGCGCUUAAAAUAUCAAAUUGUUUUAUAAUUGUAUUUUUUUUUUCGAAAAACACACAAAAUCAAUCUAGAAUACUGUAAUUUAUUAUUAUAGAUAGGUAGUUAUUAAAAUCAUUAUAUAUUAUAUUAUUAUAUAGGUAAGAAGGAUUCAUAUUAUAUAACUAUAUGCUAUAGAAUUAUUGUAAUGAAAAAAGUAUUUUAAAUACGUUAAGCGAAAUAUUGUAAAAUAAUAUUUGUCAAAUUUAUGUUCCUACUUUUAUGUUUUUUUUUUUCACUUAUUUAUUUUUUUCUAGAAAAAAACUAUACUUUCUUUUGUGUAAUAAAAAAAAAAAACUUAAAAAAAAUGUAAAUACAUAUUGUAUACUUUUUGCACAUUAUAUCAUUAUACUCGCAAUGAAACAAAUACCCGACUCCGACCGGGCGGUGAAAUUGUGUUUUUAUAAAAAAAAAAUUGAUUUCGACAUAUCUAACAGAUGGCGCCACGGAUUCUAUCCUUCAAUUUACAGAGGGCACGUGUUUAGUUGGUCGUAUAUUAUUAACAUUUUUUACUGUACACGCCUCGAUUCUUUGAACGAUUAUCGACAGUAAUUUACAAAAAACCACACGUGAAUCGAGUUGUUUUGGUGUCGGAGAAAUGGAAAAAAAAAUCAAUUAUCCACGUUUUAAAUGUACAUACUACAUAAUAUAUAGGUACGAGAGUAUAUAUAAAAAAAGGACGAUACACGUACACAGGUAUUUUUGAUUUUUGUAAUCGCGUGUCGUGCGCCCAACACACAAACGCACGAGGCACGCAUCUAUACGUUUUAUAUUUUAAACAAAUCGUUAACAAAAAUAACAGUAUCGUAGUGAUGACGCUAUAAGAAAAUUCAAAAAAUCUAUUUUUUAAAACGGUGUCCGACCCGGCCAAAAAGUGCUCGGGACCGGAACGAUUUAUUAUAUAAUAAUAAUAAUAAUAAUAAUAAUAAUAUUAUACUAUCUUAUAAUAAUAAUAAUAUAAUGACUGCAGUCGACCGGCGGCGGCAGGACACGCGACAAUCGGCUACCGUCCGGAGACGUUCGAAAUCCGUCGAUUUCAUCCGGCGAGGGAUCAGCACAGUGCGCCCGCCGACCGACGGCCGACGUCGUCGUAUAAAAUAAUAACAACGAUACAACGACAAUCUUAAUUAUAUAUUACACGCGUUACGUAAGAAUGCGACAAUAAGUACUGUUUGUAUUAUGCUUAUUGCCGUGGCGCAGACAAACGUCCGGAGACGAAUAUCAUUUUAAAACGUGCGAUACAUAUAGUCACGUGUAUAAUAUUAAUUAUAUUGUCAUCAUUAUAUUAAUAAUAAUAUGUAGGUACGUAGAAGAGAGAGAAAGAGAGAGAGAGAGAGAGAGAGAUAGAGUAAAAAAAAAAAAAAAAACAAACAAACAAA